UACCAUGGAGACGUUUGUACACUGGAGGCCUGGACCAAAAGCUCAGACCAGUACGAGGCCCUGAGAGCCGCAGGAGAGGAUGUUGACUUGGCAGGGAAUCUAUUGUCUUGCAUUGUAUCUAAAGACCGGCUAACUGAGACUGAAGUUUUGUUCUCAAGGAAGUGGCUUUUUAAAAACAACAACAACACACACACACUCACCAUUGACUUUCCCCAAAGCCCUCCUGCCAAGAAUCAAUCCAAUUCUAAGUUGGCGAGAUAAGCAAAGAUGUCCAAAGGCGGAGCGCUCCAGAGAAAUAAGUUCACCGUGCGACACCAGAAGCGUUCGAGCGCCAGCGAAACGAACAAGAUGACUCCGGCGCAGAUGGCGCGCUACUUGGCCUUUGCUGACCCCAGUCAGCCCAAGGUGAAAGAGAUGCUGGCUGCCGUCCUCAUGAAGGACAGGAAUUUGGUGCCGGAAGAGGAAAAGGUGGCGGAACAGAAGAACCUCAUCGGGGUCCUAAAGGCCACCGAGGCUCGGAACCGGCUCCGGAACACGAGGCUCCAGUACCAGAAUCUGAGAGCACAAGAGAUCAACUUCCUGAUCUCCUUCCAGAGGAACGCUAAAGGUGCUGUGAGGCUCGAGGUCUUCCUCCCACCCAGGAAGAACCUUAGAAAACUAGCAGACUGCAUGAACACAGUCCAGAGAAGCCGGAUUGAAGAGAUUCUGGAAGAUGAAACGGCGAGAUUCUAGGGCAACCGCCCUCUGGAAAUAGGUCCCCGUUUCCUUUGCCACAAUCAGGGCUCUUGGCGAUGAGCGCUUGGCCUUGUGCUGAACCAAGGGGAGCGUAGCUGCUCAGACGUCUGUAGAGCCUCUAAGCUUGAAUAGGUCGCUUUUUUGCAUAUGUACAGAUAGUCAGCAUGUAUAUACCCAUGUUCCAAUAAAGGCAACCGACCCAGCCUGGAA